AUGAAGAACGAAGGGGCUGCAGAAACAGCCCCCUGCUCACCUGUUUCACUGCAAAUCCCCCUCCCCUUUCUGUUUCAAUGGUCAAUAGCCUCAUUUUUAUGUUCUCUUCCUUACGGAAAUGCCGACUGCCACCACCCUAGACGACCCAUUGCCUCCCUACAACUCCCAUCUGCACCCACCGAAGGCUACCGCAGCUUUGUUGCUUCUUCCUUCGGUCUAGCCAAACCCCAGAGGUCCUCCCUUUUCCCCUCGUUUUCUUCCUUCUCUGUUGUUCCCAUCGACCGCAUCGUCGCUCACCGUCGAAGGAAACCCACCGCUCGUCGAUCACCGACGUCGGUCGUCGCUGCUACGGUGCCUCCGUCGCUGCUACUGCUGUUACCGAUUUAG